AUGUCUGAUACUAUUUCUGACAAUGUCAUUGGGACUGAGACUGAGGGAAUCAACAGAGAGAGAGUGGAGAUGAUGGUGGCUAUCUAUGAGAUUGCAGAUUUGCUGUGUGUCCACAUCAAUACAAACAACACAAACUACACACAAGAGACACACCAGCUACUAACCAACAUUACAGACCUCACAAAAGAAAGAGACCAGCUACUGAUCACGAUCAAAGAUUUCAAUACAGUGAAUGAUCAGUUAGAGAGCCAUAACAACAACCUGACAAUUGAAAAGAAAGAAUUAUUGUCCAAGAAGAGAUGGAAGUGCUAUCAAUCCAGUCUUUUCUAUUUAUCUUCUGAGAGGAAGAGCUGGACUGAGAGCAGAAGAUACUGUACAGAGAGAGGAGCAAAUCUGAUCAUCAUAAACAACAGAGAGGAACAAGAAUUUGUUAGGAAAUGGUCUGAUAAAGACAGAGUCUGGAUUGGUCUGACUGACAGUGAUGUGGAGGGCAGCUGGAAAUGGGUUGAUGGCAGCACACCGACCUCUGGGUGA